AUGGGAUUGAUUGAGGUGGUUCGAGGAGCAGAAAAGACUAUCAUUUCUUCUCCCCUUGGACUAGACACUAUACUACUGAUGGACAUGGUGAAGAGGGUUGAACCUAGCAUGUAUGUUUUUGUUUUUCCUUCUCCAGAUGAGUCUGAGGAUGAGAGUGAUGAGUCCAAGGGUUCCCAACCAGCACCCCCGCCACAUCAGAACCCCAUGGAGACUGAUGCUCACCCAGUAGCUUUUGAGGCCCCUCCGACACAUGAUCUAGAGGCCGGCAAUACACAAUCUUCUAGUUGUUCAAGUGGCAAUGUUCGUUUGAAGACUGAUCCUGCUUGGGACCAUUUUAAUGUGUCUAAUAAUGCACAAGGAAAAAAGAUUUUCUCAUGCCUUUAUUGUGGAUCAAAAUAUCAAGGUGUUGGAAUUAAUAGAAUGAAGUAUCACCUAGCUUGCAUUCGGGGAAUUAUUGCGGCUUGUAAAAAAGUUCCCGAUGAUGUUCGCAAGCAAAUGGCGGGGUUUCUUACUUCAUCAAAACAAAAGGAGAAAGAUUCAUUUGAUGAUGCAUAUGAAGAAGUUGAAGAAGAUGAUGUUCAAGAAUUUAAUCCUCUAAUGAAGUCACAACAAAGGACAACAACAAUAGAAAAAUCUUUGGCAAAACGGAAGGCCAAGGAUUCCAUUGAAAAAUUUAUGGUUCCAAGGACAACCCCAGAGUCUCAACAAGGAAUCAAGAGUGCAUUUGCGAACAAGCAAGCAAUUCAAAAGGCACAUAUGGCUUUUGCACGGUGGUUUUAUGAUUCAUGCAUUCCAUUUAAUGCAUUGAAGUCACCUUAUUUUCAGGUAGCGCAAGAUGUCAUUGCUGGGAUUGGAUAUGGAUAUAAAGGCCCAUCUUAUAAUGCUAUGAGGAUUCAUUUACUAAAGAAUUGUAAAAAGGAAUGUCAGGUGCUUGUUGAUAACUUUAGAAGCAAUUGGGCUAGUUCUGGAUGCACGAUUAUGGGUUAUGGUUGGAGUGAUCAAAGACAAAGAACUUUGAUCAAUUUUUUGGUGUAUUGUCCUAAUGGCAUAUCCUUCAUAAAAUCUGUUGAUGCAUCGGAUAUCGUUAAGGAUGCCACAAAUUUGAUGAAUUUGUUAUCAGAGAUUGUGGAAUGGGUUGGGCCUUCAAAUGUUGUACAUUUGGUGACAGAUAAUGCUAGUAAUUAUGUUGCCGCAGGAAGACUAUUGCAUGAAAAAUAUAAUCACAUUUAUUGGUCUCCUUGUGCUGCACAUUGCCUAAAUUUGAUUUUGAGAGACAUUGAGAAGAUGGAUCAUAUGGUUGACCUUGCCUCACGGGCUUCUAAGGUAACCAUUUUUAUGUACAACCAUAUUUAUUUGUUUAGUUGGUUAAGAAAAAGGUUGGGUUGGAAAGAAAUUGUGCGCCUGGGAGCAACUCGUUUCGCUACCGUUUUUAUCACUCUAAAAAGCAUUUAUGAUCACAAACAUGAUUUGCAAGCUUUGGUGACCGACAAAUACUAUACUUGUCAUAGAUUGACCAAAUCGGCCAUUGGUAAAUUGGAUUGUUCUAUUAUUUUGGACAACAAAUUUUGGGAUGAUUGCUUGUUGAUGGUGAAAAUAGCAGCUCCAAUAAUUAAGCUACUUCGUAUUGUGGAUGCCGAUGAGAAGCCUUCUCUUGGUUAUGUUUAUGAGGGGAUGCUUAGAAUUCGUAAAGGAAUCAUGUCUAUCUUUAGAGACAAGCAAAGGUUGUAUGAUCCUUACAUCAAAAUUGUUGAUGAAAGAUGGGAUAAACAUUUUCGCAACAUUCAUGCGGCCGCCUAUUUUCUCAACCCGGCUUUUUUAUAUGAUGAAAGCACAUUUGUAGAAACUCCAGAAGUAAUGCAAGGCCUACUUGACUUGUUAGAGCAAAGAAGCAUAUGUAGCAAUAGUGAGAAGGUGAUGAAGGAGAUCAAAAUAUAUCGAGAUCGAUUAGGGAGUUUUAGUCGUGAAUCCCCUUUGUCGGCAUCUAAAAAUAUGCAACCAGUGGAAGAUGAAUGUCCUCUCAAACUUGAUUAUGAAGAAAUCAUGGAUGAUAAUGUUUAUGGAGAUGAUGCUAUUCCUAUAUUUGAUGAUCGUCAUGGUCAAGAUGAUGUGGAUAUCCAAGAAGAAGUAAAUUUGCAAGAUUUUGGUGAUGUUGGUGGUGAUGUUGGUGGCCAUGCAAGCUUUGAUCAAAGAUUUGAUGGAAAUGAUGAUAUUAAUUUGAGUUUUGAUCGAAGUUCAUGGACCUAA